GCCAGCGCUCCGGACGCCGCGCUGGCACGGUGCGAGGGGAGGAGCUACCUAAGGAACACCCCGACGCGGGAGCUUAACUCGUGCGCCUACCUGGCGCUCACCUGCGGUCUUUCACAGACCAGAAAAGCACUCCUGUGGUUACAUCCAACCUACCUGGCUUGCCUGAGGUCAGCUCCGGGUCACACCAUCUUGCUAUGGACAUACCUGCUGAGUUCUCUGAACAUGUAAAAAUAGGACAUUCACGGACACUUAAACAUGUAAAGAUUUAUCUGAAAAACAAGCUGAAGUUGGCCCUUAUUGGCCAGAGCCUGUUCGGACAGGAAGUGUAUAGCCAUCUGCGCAAAGAGGGCCACCGGGUCGUAGGGGUGUUCACCGUUCCAGACAAGGAUGGAAAGGCUGACCCUCUGGCCUUGGCUGCAGAGAAAGAUGGGACCCCAGUGUUCAAGUUCCCUCGAUGGCGAGUCAAGGGCAAGACCAUCCAGGAGGUGGUGGAGGCCUACAGGUCCGUGGGCGCCGAGCUGAACGUGCUUCCCUUCUGCACACAGUUCAUCCCCAUGGACGUGAUCGACGGCCCAAAGCACGGCUCCAUCAUCUAUCACCCAUCCAUCCUGCCCAGGCAUAGAGGGGCCUCGGCCAUCAACUGGACUCUCAUUAUGGGCGAUAAGAAGGCUGGGUUGUCUGUUUUCUGGGCUGAUGAUGGCUUAGACACAGGACCCAUCCUUCUUCAGCGGUCAUGUGACGUUCAGCCCAACGACACGGUGGAUACACUCUAUAAUCGAUUUCUUUUUCCCGAAGGGAUCAAGGCCAUGGUAGAAGCUGUCCAACUCAUAGCUGAUGGAAAAGCUCCUCGCACUGCCCAGCCAGAAGAAGGGGCCACGUAUGAAGGCAUCCAGAGAAAGGAGAAUGCUAAGAUUUCUUGGGAUCAGCCUGCAGAAGCCUUACAUAACUGGAUUCGAGGUCACGAUAAAGUUCCUGGAGCCUGGACAGAGAUCAAUGGACAGGUGGUCACUUUCUACGGCUCAUCGUUACUGACUAGCUCUGUGCCUCCUGGAGAACCUCUGGAAAUUAAAGGUGCUGAGAAGCCUGGUCUUGUUACCAAAAAUGGACUUGUUCUAUAUGGUAACGAUGGCAAAGCACUGGUGGUAAGAAAUCUGCAGUUUGAAGAUGGAAGAAUGAUUCCUGCCUCUCAGUACUUUUCCGUGGGUGAGACGGCCACGCUGGAACUCUCGACCGAGGAGGAGGAGGUGGCUGAGGCCAUCAGGGUCAUCUGGGCCGGAAUCCUGAGCAACGUCCGUGUUAUUGAAGACUCCACGGAUUUCUUUAAAUCUGGGGCAAGUUCAAUGGAUGUUGUCAGGCUGGUUGAAGAGAUCCGACAGAAGUGUGGCGGGCUUCAGUUACAGAAUGAAGAUGUCUACAUGGCCACCAGGUUUGAAGACUUCAUCCAGAAGGUCGUGAGGAAGCUGAGAGGAGAGGACCACGAGGCAGAACUGGUGGUGGAUUACGUCUCAAAGGAGGUCAAUGAAAUGACUGUGAAAAUGCCUUACCAGUGUUUUAUCAAUGGGCAGUUUGUGGAUGCUGACGAUGGGAAGACUUACGACACGAUCAACCCAACGGAUGGCUCCGUAAUUUGCAAAGUCUCCUAUGCAUCUUUGGUGGACGUGGACAAGGCGGUAGCAGCAGCAAAAGAUGCUUUUGAAAACGGUGAAUGGGGGAGAAUGAAUGCAAGAGACAGAGGAAGGUUGAUGUACAGACUUGCAGACUUACUGGAAGAGCACCAGGAGGAGCUGGCGACCAUUGAGGCCCUUGAUUCAGGGGCUGUCUACACCUUGGCGCUGAAGACCCACAUUGGAAUGUCUGUGCAAACAUUCAGAUAUUUUGCUGGCUGGUGUGACAAGAUUCAGGGUUCUACAAUUCCAAUCAACCAGGCCCGUCCAAAUCACAAUCUGACCUUCACAAAGAAGGAGCCACUUGGGGUCUGCGCCAUCAUCAUUCCCUGGAACUACCCUCUGAUGAUGCUGGCCUGGAAGAGCGCUGCGUGUCUGGCAGCAGGCAACACCUUAGUGCUGAAGCCAGCGCAGGUCACGCCCUUGACCGCUUUGAAGUUCGCGGAGCUGUCAGUGAAGGCAGGCUUUCCCAGGGGGGUGAUCAACAUCAUCCCAGGCUCAGGUGGUGUCGCUGGACAACGUCUUUCCGAACACCCCGACAUCCGUAAACUUGGCUUCACCGGCUCCACUCUAAUUGGCAAACAGAUUAUGAAGAGUUGUGCUGUGAGCAACUUGAAGAAAGUUUCUCUUGAACUUGGCGGCAAAUCCCCACUUAUAAUAUUCAACGACUGUGAACUUGACAAGGCUGUGCGAAUGGGCAUGGGAGCGGUGUUUUUCAACAAAGGCGAGAACUGCAUCGCGGCUGGGCGGCUGUUUGUGGAAGAAGCCAUCCACGAUGAGUUUGUGACAAGAGUGGUGGAAGAAAUUAAAAAGAUGAAAAUUGGUGAUCCACUUGACAGAUCUACUGAUCAUGGGCCCCAGAAUCAUAAGGCCCACCUGGAAAAGCUCCUGCAGUACUGUGAGGCUGGAGUUAAAGAAGGGGCCACACUGGUGUAUGGCGGCAGACAAGUCCAGAGACCAGGCUUUUUUAUGGAACCAACUGUAUUCACAGAUGUGGAGGACCACAUGUACUUGGCCAAAGAGGAGUCCUUUGGACCUAUUAUGGUCAUUUCUAAAUUCCAAAAUGGGGACAUCGAUGGAGUGCUGCAGCGAGCCAAUAACACCGAGUACGGUUUGGCCUCUGGGGUUUUCACGAGAGACAUAAACAAAGCCAUGUACGUGAGUGAAAAACUGGAAGCAGGAACUGUUUUUAUCAAUACGUAUAACAAGACGGACGUGGCAGCGCCGUUUGGUGGAGUGAAGCAAUCUGGCUUUGGAAAAGACCUGGGUGAGGAAGCCCUCAACGAAUACCUCAAAACCAAGACGGUGACGCUGGAAUAUUAGCGCAAUGCCGUCAUCACGGGAAGACCCUUUGGCAGACAGAAUUCUCAGCCUCUGAUGACACUAAGAAGCCUGGGUGUGCUGAGGAAGGAGGCCGCAGCCACGAACCUCCAAAUGCACACAGCCCGUGAGGAGCGCCGCGUGUCUCAGCA